AUGUCAACCACCAUGUCUACACCUACGGCAAAUGCAGUUCAUGAAUAUUUCACUCGAUCCUUCUCUGACUGGGGUAUCAUAGAUUUCCUAUUCGAAUGUAAUCUGCAAGAAUUUAGUCAAAUGAUAGAUACUUACCUUAAAUCUCUCGAGCUCAUCUACGCUAAUGAUAAAGAAAAAAAAGGCGAACGGGCAAAGCAAUUGCUUGAUAGAUAUAGACAGGCGAUCUUUUUGGCGAGUCACAAAGGUGAUAAACCGGAUUAUUAUGCUGCAAGAAACUGGAAGAGUGUUCAUAAGUUGCCCACGUUACAAUUCCAUAAACCAACUUUUGCAAGUACUUUAAUAGGAAACGUAGGGACGGAGAGCAUAAGUGGUGAUAUUCAUUUUAAUUUUCCCAGUAAUGCAACGAGUACAUCAAAAAGAAGUCAGGAAGAGGUCGAUAAUAAAGUUCCAAAAAAAGUAAGAAUCGAUGAUUAUUUUCUCGUACAUGAUGACACCACUCCUUCUCAACAUAAACAAAAUCAGCAACCAGAUCCAGAAAAUCAGACCAGAACAACCAGAGAAACCUCCCCACCAUCGAUAAAUUCGAUGCAUUCAGUGUAUGUACCAUCCCCCUCCGAUUCUUCUAUUAAUGAAGAAGAAUGUAUAAAGGCAGGAAAGAAAACUUACCGUCUUUCUUACUUUACUGGUCCUGGUGUUCUCGAGUGGCACUUAAAUGAACAUUCAAUACGAUGGAUUGUAAGUGACGUUGACAUUUCCGAGAUAUGUCUCGAGUAUCGUGCAGAAGUGAUUAAAAAAUGUGAACCCAUGGCGGUCAUUCUGGAUGCUUCCGAGGAACUCCAUAUAUUUGUUUUUCAAGAAGAAAGCCCCUGUGGGUUAUGUGAGUACUUCGACGAUGAAUUAUGGGAAGACAUCUUUAACGAAUUUCAAAAACUAUAUCCAUAUGUGUCAAUUCCAAAUACGAUUUAUGAUUUGUUUGCAAACAUCAUUAAGAUAACGUGCGAGACGCAAAAUCGUGGAGAACGGCAAGCAGUCGCAAGAAGUUUUUUAAAAGGUUAUGAGAUAAUAACUGAAGAAGAAAGAAUCAUGGUGGAAAUCUUCAAGGACUUAAAAAUUGCCAUUGAAGGCGCAAACAAAAUGUCAGAGUCAUCUGCAAUUGCCAAUAGGAGCUUUGAUCCGAUUCUCCUCGGUAUGAAGCCAGAUUUCACUGUCAAAACAACAAAUCCUAAACAACACAUUGAAUUGCUUAUUGGCGAGGUAAAACCACCAAAUACGAGAGAUGAACUUAUUUCAGAAGAUCUUGUUGCGCUUGGAAAAAUGAUGAAAUGCGCUAUAGACAAAUCAAUUGCAGAUGGAUUCUUGGGAAGGGCCUAUUUUAUGGAUCUUCUAUAUGAUGGAAUUUACCGUAUGAUUUUAAUUGGAGAAUUUGAGCUUCCAAAGAGCUCCAUAUCAUGGGGUACUGUUUUGAAGUGCUAUCAGAUCAUGAACACAAUUCGGGUCAUAGUUAAUAAUGGAGCCACGCGGUACCAGUCCGCAAUAAGAAAGAACUCAAAACAACCGGAAUCAGAUAAGAUGAAAAUGAUAAAGCCGAUGUUCCAUGACCCGUUGAAG